AUGAUCAGAAAGCUUUUGUACACACUGAGGGAGAUACUGAGGGAACUAGACAAUAGGCAGACGGAGGAAGACUUGGAUGGCAUUAUUGCGGAGGUGGACGAGGAUGGCUUCGGUACGCUGGACUUUCACGUGCUUGUCAAGACAGUCUUCAUCAUGGCUUCCUCAGACGGCAUCACUGCUACGGCGAUCGCUUUCCGAGCUCCACCUUUCUGCUCUCAGGACCCUUCUCUCUGGUUCUCCCUAUUAGAUUGCAGCUUCAAGGCAUCAAAAAACACCAGCUGUCUCACCAAGUUCAACCACGCUGUGACUCAACUGCCUUUUGACGUGCUCCCGCAAGUCUCUGCCGUAAUUUCUACUGCUGCCACUGCUGACAAGCCCUAUGAAGAAAUGAAGACCGCCGUACCCAAGAGCCUGCAAUCUUCCGUCGCCACUCACCUCCGCGAACUCCUCUCCAUGGAAGAAUUAGAUGAUGAGAAGCCUUCUCAACUCCUGCACCGCAUGAAGCAGCUACUUGGUGACAAGUACCACUCCUUUGAUGCUGAGCUCUUCAAACAGCUGUUCUACCAGCGGCUUCCCCCCGCCAUACAACGCAGCCUAUUCAGCGUCAAAGACAACCUGCACCCCGACGCCAUUGCUACGCUGGCAGACGACUACAUGGCUAUCUUACCGCCCUCACAAGCCUCUUCAGUCUCUGCCGUCUCGUCUGGCUCAUCUCACAGCAGCCAGAUGACUUACCUAACCGAGCUCGUUUCUCAGCUCAGUACUGAAGUUGCUCAGCUCAAGCAGCAGCUUCGAGACCGCCCACGUUCUCGGUCGGUCAGUCUUCGCCGCCGCCAGCACCGUUCCCGCUCCAGCAGUCCUGAGUUGUGCUGGUAUCACCAGAAGUUUGGCAAGAAAGCUCUCAAGUGCACCGCUCCCUGCACCAAGUCGUCAAACUCCAAAGGCGAGCAGUGA